AUGAGAUCUUUCAUUAAAUCGCAUCGGAAGUCUAGCUCACUGGACAGUAGUCCUUCCAGACACUGUGAUAAGGACUCUACCAGAUCGAGUGAUGAGUACACCGAUAAUAUACCACAAAUUGCACCAGCUCAAUUACCGGUUCUAGACAAGCAGCCGUCACAGUCGAUGAGCUUUGAUUCUAUCCACAAACUCACAAACAAAAACAAAAUAUUCUCGUCUCGAAUCUUCAAGAAACCGGGCAACAAUACUUUUAGAAUGGGAGAUUCAACUACUGCACCUACGUCGCCUUUUAUGUCAUCGUUCCGCAACCUGUCCUCGCCAGAAACUCCACAGAGCUCCCAAUUUACCCGACAAACGAUUACGGUGUCACAAUCACAGUCGGAUUACGAAAUGACACCAACUAUAAAGGGAACUAGAUUGCACGAUUGGGGUGCAAACUCAAAGGAACGAUCACAGUCAGUUAUAGUUCUUAAUAGGAAUUCAACUUCUUCAGAAGCAUCAUCAGACGUGAUCGAUUCAGGUUUCGGAGGUCAAGUCAAGCGCAAGACAGGUUCUUUUAGCUCUGCUACUUCGAGUAUUGUGGAGGAAAAUGGAGGUGGAAGCUUCGAUAUUCAAAUGGAGAAGCUUGACGAGCUUAAUGAAUGUGAAGAGAAACACCCGUAUUUUAGCCUGCGGGCUGGUAAUGGAAACAAGGCGAAAAAUCGACAAGCUCGAAUCCAUUCGCAUGAAGACUUCCUUAGCAUGGGAAAACAUUCUAACCUGGAUUUGAGCUCUUUUACUAAUACUUUCGAAUUGACCAGCCAAGGAGAUGAGCAUGCAACACCAACGAAACAUUCUCUUUUCAAUUCUGAAAGUGAACCCGAAGAUGUGGAAAUAUCGCAAAGGUUUCUAGGGCUUGGAAUAAAUCGCUCACAGGCUUCUAAUGAUGACAUCUUGUCGAUUAACUCUGAAAUGAGGGAGCAGAGUAUAGUAACUUAUGACAGAUCUUUCGAGGAGGGUGACGAGGUUUCAGCUAUUCACGAAAAACCUGAGACUAAAGACUUUGCUUCUGAAAAAGAGAGUCCAGAAAGCGAAAAGCGAGACUUCAGCGCUUCCAGCAACGAAUUGUCUGAUGACGAAUCGUCUGAUGCAUCUUCCAAAUUUUCGUUUGAGGCUGCUGGUGUCAACGGCAGGACCGCUUCGGUGAAGUACUACUCGAAACCUAUUCCCCAAGCAAACGUCUAUGUGGACGAUCUUUACGGGGAAGAGGAUUUUGAUGAAGACAUGAAUUUUUUUGACGAUGACAACGAGGAUGACACAGAAUUUAAUCAUGAGAAUCCAAAGAUAAAGCAAAGUAAAAAUGAUAUGUCAAUUAAUGGGUUCAACAGCAUUGCAAAUAUCAGUGACUCUGAGGAUGAAAUAACGGCUGGCCGUGUGGUAAAUGGUUACAAUGAUCUAUUUGACAUAUCAGAUGAUAUCAACGAUAUUGAUGAGAAAACCCAAUCAUCCGAUCAUAACGAAGACGACGAAGGUUACGAUUACCAGGAGGAUGAGGAAAACUACACUGACGACCCAGAUGAUUCUCAAAGUAUGAAGAAAACCAAUCUUAAUAGCUAUGGUGAUAUAUUUGACCUCGGUGAAUCUGAUGAGGAGCAACCAGACAUAAACAAAGUCGGCUAUGCUUAUGUACGUGAGAAACCCGGCGAGAGCGUUACGCGAAGCUCAUACGAAAAAGACGACCCUAGUGUACAAUCAAAAACCGAAAACGAGCAUCAGCUCCGUGAAUUGGAACAAUCAGUGAUACACCGAACCAAACCAUUUGGUAACUCGCUACUCAAGUCGCCUGCAUCGAAUUCUAGCACAAACUCCCAUGUAUCUUCGCUUCGGUCACCAUUUUCAUGCGAAACCAAAGUAGCAUUGCCUGAUAAUCUGAACCUAUCACUUCCCCCUCCUGCGAGAUCUCAGGUGUUGAAGUUUCAUGAUUUAAGUUCAAAUCUUGACUACGAAGUACCUGGCGCCACCAGCAAUCUGUAUUUUAUUGACGAAUCAGAAGAAGAUCAAUACAAUAAAAAAAAUCAAUCUGAUGACCAUUACUUGGACGAAAUCAACUACUUACCGGAAGACUAUAACUUCUCUGACGACGAGGAUUACUUUUUGAACGGGAUGGAGUCUCCAAACUCAAAUAAGAAAACAAACUCAUUCAAAAAAACUCAUAGCUUCUCACGGAAGCCCAAUGGGGCAGUAAGAGAGAAUGCCCCACUGAACUUGAAGCUAGAGAUCAAAGAUAAAGUGGUGACAUUUUUUCAUAGUCCCGUCAAUGAGCUAGAUGCGAACCCUCUAAUAUACAGCACAGCCUACGAAUCUAGUGAAAGUAAUGCAAAUUCACCAGUAGAAGAUUGGCAGAAAAGCAAUCCUUCAGACCCAGGCGCUACACCAGUCACGCCGUCAAACUCACUUUCUAGACCUAGUCCGCAUUUCAGUCAAGGAAAUUCGUUGAGUCCAAUACAGGAAACUAAUUUGUCGGUCGACAGUUCUCCGAAUGCAAAUGACUUUCUUUAA